UUUUUUAGAUAAAAAUUAAAUGAAGGUAUAAACAUAAAGUAUAUUUAGAUCUACGUUGAUGCAUUCAGUGGAGAAGAAAUCAUUUCUGAUAGUUUCAAUAUUGAAGAGAAAUUUGAAGAAGCCAUUGGUGAAGUUUAAUCAUAAGAUAUCGUUAAAGGAGCAGUCAAUGUUGAUGUUGGUAUAUUAAACAAAUUAUCAUUAAAGGUGCCGGUGGUCAUUUUGGUGGAAAGAAUGAAGAUGAAGAAGAUGGAGGUGUUGAUGAUUAAGCUUAAAAGGUCAAUAACAUUAUCGACGCUUUUAAAUAUGCUGAAACAUAAUUUACUAAAGCUGAUUAUGUCACUUAUUUUAAAACUUAUGCCAAAAAGGUUAAGGCUUAUUUAGAAGCUAACAAACCAAAUAGAGUUGCUUCAUUCUAAAAGGGAGCUGGAGAAUUCAUCAAAUGGGUUUCUGCUAACUUCAAUGAUCUUUAAUUGUAACUAUUUUUAAUAACUCAUAGCUACUGUCCUGAAUCCUAUGAUAUGGAAAACCACAUUGUUAUUGGUUAUUACAAAGAAGGUUAAGCUGCUCCAACCUUUGUAUACAUUUUAGAUGGAUUAAAGGAAGUUAAGAUGUGAUGUACAUAUACAUUAAUACAUAUCAUAAUUUAUAUUAUAUUCUUCGUC